AUGGCAGCCAAGAUUCCAGUGAGGUUUCAGAGAGUAGCAGAGGCUUUCGAUGAGGUGGCGCGGGCGAGGCUCUGCGAGAGCAGUGGAAGCGAGCACUCGGCGGCGGCAGAGAGCUUUUCGGAUUUAUCGGCUCUUGUCAACUCUUUCAUUGAAAGAGGAGAUUUCAGAGGAGAAGGGGAUGCCCGUGAAGACAUAAACAAGACGGAGCAGUUGAUGGAUGACGAGUCGGAGGGUUAUUGGUCUGAUUCAGAGACCAAGAAUACCCUUCAAAGCCUGCUUGAUAAAAGUGACGAGGAUGAUGACGAUGAUGUGAAGCAGAGGAUUUUUGCUGAGGUAGAAGUCGCAGUUGGAGGGGCUAUUGGGGACAGGUCGUCCCCGGGGUUCAAGCGAAAGUUGAUGGCUCAUUUGCGCGAAAAGGGUUUCGAUGCUGGACUGUGCAAAUCGAAGUGGGUGAAAUCCAGCCGGUUCCCAGCAGGGGAAUACGAAUUUGUAGAUGUCUAUGUCGAAGGGACUCGUUACAUUGUGGAACCAUUCUUUGUGGGAGAAUUCGAAAUCGCUCGUCCCACGAGUCAAUACGAAGCGUUGCUCAGUGUCUUCCCGACGACAUUCGUCGGACAAGUUGAGGAGCUGAAGAAAAUUGUGAGGCUCAUGUGCACCGCCAUCAAAAAGUCGAUGAAGAGCGUGGACAUGCCAAUGCCACCAUGGAGGAGAAAUGGGUACAUGCAAUCCAAAUGGUUUGGCUCCUACAAGCGCACAACAAAUGCAGUUCCAGCCAAGGAGUUGGAACACAAUGAGAGCGUUGGUCUAAAGAGAUCAACGGGGUUUGAGGCUUUGACUACAAAGGCUUAUUAUUGCAGAGAUGCCUUCGCUAGCAAGAACGGCUUAAGAGUUGGGCAUUUAACUGCUGCGUUUCAGGGCAUCUGA